GCUGUAGGAAAUCAAAAACUGCAACGGAAGUAUGGAAUUUAACAACAUCGUUAUAUUUCACAGCAUAUCAUACUAAUUUCCAUUUCCCUGUUGCAGCUGAAAUGAAAUGUAUGUUAAAACAAAGCAUAUUGUUAACGUUUUUGCAUUAUUGUUGUCCAUGCGUGGAUCUUUUCCAUGUAUAACAAGCAGAGGCAUCUGUUGUGUGGGAUAUGAAUGGAACUUUCUGAUACAAAAUUGCACAAAAUGCAUUCCCGGAUUUUUCGGAGUGAACUGCAGUCAAAUGUGCCGUUUUCCAAGUUACGGAAAUGACUGUCAACGUAUAUGCAAAUGUGAGGAGAGAGUGUGUGAUGUAUCUCGUGGAUGUGUUCCAGAGGGUACUGGUUGUAGAGAUGGAUUCCAUGGGCAGAGAUGUAGUCAAAAAUGUCGCUAUCCAAGUUAUGGUAGACAAUGUCAACACCAAUGCCGAUGCAGCAGACAUAAUUGCCAUUUUUCUAACGGCUGUGCUCUAACGGAAGUUUCCACGGACCGCAUCCAUCGGAAUAUUACUCUAUUUGCGCAUAUAGUGUCGUCACGUGUAAAUGGAAUUUCCUAUAAACAAAUGUUCAACACACAACUGAUAAUACGUUCUACAAAGAUGUCCAUUAGUUAUUCGCAAUAUUUCAAAUAUUAUACUGCAACGACCCCACGUCAGUCAAUAAAGAACACAUACUUAGAAGAGGGUAACAGUUCACUUAAGCAAACUCAUCUAAUCCUUCUGCUUUGUGUCUCCCCAGUAGGUGUACUGCUCCUAAUGCUCGUCAUGCUACUUUUGAAACGUGAAUUUAGUAGAACCACUCUUAUGCCUUUGGAGCUCAGUAGCCAAUAUCCAAAAGAUUUGUUAGAAUUACAUCAUCUUAGAACCAGGAAUCCAGAGUUUCAAUCGUCUGCCACGCUGGACACUCAUACUGCGCAUGAUAAUGAAAAUACACGGUCUACUGAUCAUGACGACACAAGAAGUUGUGGUUCAGCAAUUAUCCAAGACAGCAUCUAUGAGACUUGUAGACCAGACGAUCGGUUUAACAGAAACGACACAGAGAUACAGAGCACAGAAGGGUAUCUCUGUCCAAUGCUCCAUCACACUGCACACAUCGAAUCCCAAUUGUCGAAUGAUGAGGAGCAACUAAAGAUUUCUGUUGAAGUCGAUGAUGCAUACCUCACAGCAGUUUGAGGAAUUGGAACUUCAACAUUUACUUUAGAUUUUUCAUCAACUAAAAACCCUUAGCUACCGUACCGAGUUCCAGAUGAUUUUUUUUCACAUUAUCACCAGUGCGAGGUUGAUUAUACCCAUGUGGGACAGUCAUGUGAGAUUUUUCUGUCUGACACUGCUGCCACGCCAUUUGAUUGUGAUGUCAUAUAUUUUCUACGAUUUACGUUACACGGUGUAGAUUUACAUUACACGGCAUAGUAAAAUAUUUUGCAUUGUU